AUGCGCUUCUUCGCCAUUACCACCGCCGGAACGCUCCUGUUCCAAAGCAGCACCAUCAUGGCCGCCACGGUCGACCUUCAGGGUACCCAAGACAACGCUCGCGCCGCACUGAAAGACCUCAUGAGUCAAUGCGGCAACGGCAACCUACCAGGGAACGCCAAACGCGUCUCCAGCAACGCGUACAACGGUAUUGUUGCCUACGCCUGCAAUGGCUUCUGCCGCACUGGCUACAUGCCCUGCCAGGACGCUGAGUGGAGCAUCAACCGCGUCAUCAACAACUGCAACUUUGGCAAGGGUAUGGGAUGGGAUAGCCAGGAGACAAGGGGCACGUGGUAUGGCAUUGCGCAUGAUUGGGACAACCCGUGUGGCUAUGGCUACACGGGUCGUGGUGCGACUUACUAG